CAUCAAAUGCAUGAACUCCAUAUAAGGGCUAUGUAUACAACAGGAUCUAAYGUGACUUUGAACUCUUGUGACACGGGAUCACUCUGACACGCCUACGUCUCUCAGUGUUUAUAUAUCAGAGGUUGAAAGGCACUAUUACACUUUAGUAAUAUAUGAUACAACGAAGAGGCUGAUAUAUAAGAACUAAGAGAAAAUGAAUCCUUCAACAAUUCUUCGUUUAUUAUUUCUCCUUUAUUAUUCUGGAAUAGCGUCAUCUGCAAGAUCAUUUCGAAAAGGUGAAACCUAUCCAAAAUAUAAAACUGAAAUCGAAGUCUGCGGCAGUAUUAGAGACGUAAUAAAGAGAAAUUCGGCCAGGUUUCUUAAGAUAUUAGUUCGUAACACAAAUUCAGAGAUAGUGUUUACUAAUGACGAUGCGAGAAGAAUGACUGCAAGAGCGAAGAGCAAGCUUGACGUGCUUGCCUCAAGGGUGGCAAGUCGAUGGGAUAGAAAGAAAGUUAAAGUUUUGAAAGCAUGGACGGAUGUAGUUGUACCAAACCAUAUUUCGCUUCACUACGAAGGUCGAGCUUUUCAGUUGCAAGUCAGCGAUAACGACAAUAGUAAGCUUGGAGAGUUAGCUGGCUUGGCAGUCGAGUCUGGUUUUGACUGGGUUCACUACACGACGAACAACUACGUCUACGCUAGUGUCAUACGAGAUGUGUGUCARACUUCAGUAGAUCUAGCAUUCAUUCUCGAUACAUCAGGCAGCGUUGGCUCUUACAAUUUUGAAAAAAUCAAAACUUUCGUCAAGAAAGUCGUCGAUUUUUUCAACAUUGGUCCUAAAGGAACUCACGUUGCCGUCGUAACGUAUUCCACAUGGUCACAAGUAGAAUUCCACCUUGAUACGCACACCACUAAGUCGGCCUUAAAGAACGCUGUCAAUCAAAUUGUUUAUCGUGCUGGAUGGACGUACACUGGCGAAGCUAUUCGCCUGACCAAAAAUAAUGUAUUCUCGACGACAUAUGGCAUGAGACCCGACAAAGGAAUCCCAAAAGUUGCAGUCCUUCUAACAGAUGGCUACUCCUCGGACUACACCGCUCCUUCCGCAGCAACAUCCAUCAAGAAACAUGGCAUUAACAUGUUUUGUAUUGGCGUCGGCUCGAGGACCAAUAAACAAGAACUGAAUGCCAUUGCAUCAGAUCCAGACAAGGAUCACGUGUUUAGUUUGAGUAACUUCAAUUCUCUGUCAGCRUGGGUUGAUAAGCUCAGUGCUGUUUCGUGUGAUGAGGGGGCUUCAGUYUCCGCCUGUGACGAUACCAUAUCCAGAGUCGAAGGGGGCUCAUUUCURUACUUCAGAACAGAGUUUGUCUCUGUAACAAACGGAAUUUCUGUUGAAGUUCAGGAUACAAAAGGUAUUAGUCACUUGUACGCUUCACUGACGAACAAAAACCCAGGACCAAUGGAYCCAGGCUCUUUGAAAAACGAGAACGAUGCAUCGCCAAGAUCACUUCGCCUUCAGUUUUCAUCGCACCGUAGCAAUAAACAGAUAGUGUUUGUUGCCGUGCAAGGACAAAAGGAUGUCAACGAAUUCAAGCUCUCGAUGUGGGAUACUUUAUUUUCUCGUGAUAGUUACAMUGUUACAAUUGAAGAGGAAAAACCAGCGGGAAUGUUCGUGAAACAAGUCAAGUCUUCUGUAACCCAAUACAGGCUUAGAUACUCGUUGAUCAACAACAGAUAUCCCUUUAAGAUCGAUUCCACAACGGGUAGGAUCACAACCACUGCCAAAUUAGAUCGUGAAAAGACACCCCGUUACGACUUGACUGUCCUGGCACAAGACGUAUACAACGCAUGCCACAAAGGACGWACAGUCGUGAUAGUAUUAUUAAAAGACAUUAACGACAAAGUUCCAAAAUUCAAACAAGCGAAGUACUAUGCGAAUGUCAAUGAAAACAGACCUUCAGGUACUUCUAUUACUAUAGUUACUGCAACAGAUGAAGAUUCUACUUCAGUACUUGAAUACCAUUUGGUCAAUGGUUUCGGCAAGUUUGUCAUUGAUAAAAGUACCGGUGUUGUAAAAACCACUGAUGUACUGGACUAUGAAAAGCAAGCACGAUAUACGUUAGAGAUUGGCGUUACUGAUGGUCACUAUACUGCCAAAACAUUCCUUGAAGUCAACGUUGUGGACAUUAAUGAAAAACCCUACUUCCGACUUAGCUGCGCGCAAGCUGGACAUUGCGAAUUUAAAGUGAGCGAGAAUGAUACAUCAACUGUUAACAAGCCAAUUGCUUCCCUUGAUGCUACAGACCCUGAUAACGGUCAACUAACUUACAGUCUGAAUCAAGUUGAAGAUAAAGACGUCUUCUCGAUUGACUCUACUGGUAAAAUCAUCCUUCGUAAGAAACUUGACAGGGAAACAAAAAGCCAGUAUAACUUUAUGGUCUCAGUAAAGGAUAAUGGCCGACCUGUUCUUGAAGAAAAGACACAUGUUAAGAUUAUUGUAACUGAUAUCAAUGACAAUGCGCCGGUUUUUCCUCUUGGUAAUUAUGUUGGCAGUGUGUAUGAGAAUAGCUACAUUGGUCGACAAGUCAAGCAAGUGCUGGCUUAUGAUCCCGACGCUGGCAUCAAUAGUAAAUUAACCUACAGUCUAGUAGCUGGUGAUAYACAAUACUUCACCRUCGACCCUGGCACUGGAGUAAUUCGUACCAGGAAAGUUCUCGAUCGUGAAUUGAAGUCAUCAUAUCGAUUAACGCUUCGUGCUGUAGAUGGUGGCGGYCUUAAAGGAGAAACAUCAGUUACUGUCAAUGUGUUGGACACUAACGACAAUCCUCCAGUAUUUAAAGCAAAGUCGUAUACUGAGAAUCCUCGAGAAGACGUAAAGAGAGGGAGCGUUAUCGCUAGCGURGGCGCUACRGAUUCCGAUACAGGAAUUAACGCAGAACUCAGAUACAACAUCCUAAGUGGGAACGUUGACAAUACUUUUGGCAUUGAUUCCAAGACUGGAGUUGUUACAUUACUAUCAUCACUAGACUACGAGAGAAGGAGAUCAUAUGUACUAACCCUCWUGGUAUCGGACCGAGGCUCUCCAGCUCUCUCAAACACAGCAACUCUGAAUGUGAACGUGGUUGAUGUCAAUGACAAUGCUCCAGUAUUYCAGUCCAGGUCAUACCAAGCUACUAUAAAGGAGAACUCGAUUAAAGGGACUAAUGUGGUGAAAGUGUCUGCUGUUGAUCGCGAUACUGGUACGAAUGCAAAGAUACAGUACUUCAUCACCCUUGGCAACAGUGGAAGCACUUUUCAAAUCAAUCAAAAUACAGGUUUGAUUUUAAUCAACAAUCCGCCAAGCUUCAAAACCAAGAGCCGAUAUGAUCUAACAAUAGAAGCCCGCAAUCAAGGUCAACCAAUCAAAAAGGAUUCAGUACAUGCAAUUAUUACUAUCGAAGAUGUAAAUGACAACAAACCUGUGUUUAGUGCCAAUACCUACACAACUCRAAUCAGAGAAGACGCAGCGAAGGGCAUGACGGUCAUUACAGUAACCGCUAAGGAUGAUGACACCGGCCCUCUUGGUCGAGUAUUGUACAGCAUUGUGUCCGGAAAUACUGGAAACAAGUUUACUAUUGAUGGAAAUAAAGGAACAAUAAAGGUUCUCUCCUCUCUUGACCGAGAGACCACACCGUCGUUUGCACUGACCAUCGAAGCGAAAGACGGAGGUUUUCCACCAUUAAGUACAAGRUGUCGAGUCAACGUUGCAAUUAUUGACGUCAACGAUAACACUCCAGUGUUUAACGGCCCGUACRCAUUCCAUGUCGCUGAAAAUAAACUCGUAGGGGGACUAGUAGGUCAGGUUCAAGCUGUCGACCGAGACUCCGGUAACAACGGCAAGGUUUCAUAUUUAGGAACAACGGAAACUUUUAAAGUAGAUCCCAUCACCGGCAAAAUUACCAUUUUAAAAGAAUUGGACCACGAAAAUCAGUCUAUGUAUUCACUAACUGUUAUCGCAAAGGACCAUGGAUCAACGCCAAGACAGACGAGCAUUGUCGUCAAGGUGAUUGUUGAUGACGUCAAUGACAAUCCGCCAAAGUUUCCCUAUGGUAUGUAUAAUUGCAGUGUAGCGGAGAACAUGGCGAAGGGGGCUGGUGUUUGUUACGUCACUGCUGUUGAUCCUGACUCAGGGUCGAAUGGAAAGUUGUAUUACACAUUAAGUGGUGGGAGCGGCAAAUUCACUAUUAACACGGCUACAGCAGAAAUAACCACAACAMAACCACUUGACAGAGAAGCAACUGGGUCCUACCACCUAGUGGUGACAGCAAAAGAUGGACAAACGCGUAGACUCAAGCGGUCAGCUGGGCCACCGUUUAGCGACUCAGUCGAUGUUUACGUGACCAUUGAUGACGAAAAUGACAACGCUCCAACGUUCGAUGGUGCGCCUUUCAAGUUCAAUAUUAUCGAGACGGCCCUMCGAGGUGCAUUUGUCGGUAAGGUGUUGGCAAGUGAUGCUGAUACUGGUAUCAAUGGAAAACUGUCGUUUACUAUCGCCAGUGGGAACACGGCCUCAGGGUUUUCUAUUGAUUCGCAAAGCGGCGUGAUCUCAGUUAACAGUGCUCUUGAUCGAGAAACAACGGCCAGCUAUUCUCUUACGAUUCAAGCAAGGGAUUCUGGGAAACCUCCACAAUCGRCCCAAACCGUUGYAGUAAUAACGGUAGAUGACGUCAAUGACAACUCACCAGUAUUUGACAGGAAAAUGUUUUACGGUAAAAUUCGRGAAGAUGCCUCGAUUGGAUCUUCAGUUCUACAGGUAAUAGCCUCUGAUAAAGAUACUGGCUCCAAUGGUAGACUAACCUAUCGUCUUAGUGGACGUGGAAGCGCUAACUUCACUAUCGAUUCAACGGGUUUCAUUAAGUCUGCGACAUCAUUAGACUACGAAAAAACAAGCUCCUACAUCAUGACUGUCACAGCUAGUGAUUCUGGAAAACCUUCUAAAAGCGCUACUGCGCAAGUCAACAUAACCAUCAUCAACGUCAACGAUAAUGUCCCAUCCUUUGAAUCACAGGCUCAAGUUACUUAUGUUAACGAAGACGUUGCCAUAGGAACGCGUGUUGUGAAGCUAAAUGCCACUGAYUCUGACGGCAACCUCCUUACGUUUUCCAUCACAGCCGGAAAUACUGACAGCUCCUUCGUGAUUGGUGGAGCUGAUGGUGUCAUUAGUGUUGCUAAGCGACUAGAUCGUGAAACGACUGCUAAUUAUACAUUGACAGUAGAGGCAAAGGAUGAAGAUGGCAAGUCAGUGUCGAACAAUGCAACGAUACGAGUCAUGGAUGUGAAUGAUAAUAAACCUAUAUUCACCAAAUCCCCUUACUCGGCCAGAAUCACUGAAAACCGACCAGCAGGAGAGUCACUGGUAACUGUACAAGCUACUGAUCGCGACCUAGGGAAAAACGCGGAAAUCACUUAYCUUCUUACCAAAGGAGAUAAAAACAAGUUUAAAGUCGACCCAUCAACUGGCCUCCUAUCAACCCGUGUAAGACUGGACAGAGAAAAACAAGCAUCUUACUCAUUGUUGAUAACAGCAAAGGAUCAUGGUUCUCCAAGCCAAUCAUCUGUUGCCCAGGUAACGGUAACAGUGGAUGACGUCAACGACAACUCGCCCAGKUUUCCUCAAAACAGCUACGCCGUCUCCGUGGUGGAAAACACAGCUAGGGAUUCGGUGUUUUUACGGCUGCAUGCCGCUGACCAUGAUGAWGGUAAUAACGGGAGCRUAUCUUACGCUAUUAAAUCAGGCAAUACUAACAACGCCUUCAAGAUUGACUCCAAUACUGGAGAAUUGUCUGUCGCUGCCUCAAUCGACAGGGAAACUAUUGCAUCAUACARUGUGGUGAUCACGGCCAGUGAUGGAGGAACACCUCCCCGGUCUUCCAGUACAACCGUUAAAAUAACUAUCAUUGAUGAAAACGACAACAGCCCUAAAUUCACCAAUCAAAACACAACAUUUGAUGUUAAGGAAAAUUCAUCUCCUGGCACUCAAGUAGGCGUUGUCAAGGCGACGGAUGUUGACGUAGGCAUUAAUGCAAAGAUUGUAUUCGCAAUCCUGAAAGGAUCUGCGGGGACGUUUGCUAUUGACCCAACAUCAGGGGCAAUCACUAUAAAUGGAAAGAUAGAUCAUGAAACCAAGCCCAUGUAUUCGYUGACCAUACGAGCUACUGAUAGUGGCUCACCACCUAUGUUCACUGAUAAGGUAUUCCAAAUCAAUGUGGAAGAUGUCAACGAUAAUCCUCCCGUAUUCGACAAGCUCACUUAUAAAGUGGGYAUCGCAGAAAACUCUUCUCUCAACACACUUGUUGUAACUGUAAAGUCUACUGAUGCUGACACUGGAUCAAAUGCAAUGGUGCGUUACCAGAUAGUCAGCGGUAAUACACAAGAUACUUUCUCUAUCAAUCCACAAACCGGUGCCAUAUCAACAAAGUCUGCUCUCGACUACGAGACAAUAGCCACAUACAAACUGAACRUCAGCGCAACGGAUACGAAGUUUACUGCUUUCACCAGCGUCAUGAUUGAUGUCAUUAAUAUCAACGACAACCAUCCUAAAUUUACCCAGAAAACCUAUCGCGGUAGCGUCCUGGAGAACUCGGCCGUAUUAACGUCAGUGGCUCAGGUGUCAGCUACAGACAAAGACGCUUUUGGUGGAUUGAUUUAUUCACUGAAUACAAGUGGUGUUGAUAGUGAUAAGUUUAACAUUGACCCAUCCAGCGGUCUGAUAUCUACUGCCCAAACCCUUGACCGUGAAGCUAAGGAUACCUACGUCAUCCAGGUCAUUGUUAAAGACCAAGGCGACCCUCAGCUUUCUGACGUCGCCUUAGUUUCCAUCAAAGUCAAUGACGUCAACGACAAUGCACCUCAGUUUAAUCAAAGUUCAUUUUCGUUUGAUGUUCUUGAAAAUGUAACCGCUGGAACGCCGGUAUUUCAGGUUCAUGCAACCGACCGUGACAUUGGAACGAAUGGCAAGAUUUCUUAUAGUUUAUCCCAGCAAGUUUCAGCUUUCACAAUCGACGCUACAUCGGGAAUCAUUAACACAAAUACUAAACUAGACCGAGAGACAACGCCCAGCUAUACUUUCCUGUGCACAGCCACCGAUCAUGGAAACCCCAGUCUCAAGAUAUCUGUUUCAAUCCGCGUAACCUUACUUGAUGUAAACGACAAUUCGCCUAAAUUUGAGAACAGUGAUUAUCACGUGACGGUGAGCGAAGAUGAGGCUGUAGGGUCAGUAGUUUCUGAAUUACUGGCUACUGAUCCUGAUAUCAACAAAGCUGGUGAAGUCGUGUAUAGUGUAACUGGUGGCAACAAAGAUGGCGUCUUCACUAUUGGUAACAAGACAGGCAUCCUUUCCCUUCAAAAACGUCUWGACCGUGAGGUAAAAGACAGCUAUCUGCUUAUGGUAAUGGCAUCUGACUUGGGGACCCCUCCCAGGUCAACAACUACUAAAGUCAACAUCACCAUUCUUGACGUAAAUGACAAUACGCCAGAAAUAAACAAUGCAACACUUAACGGUGGCGUGAAGGAAAACGAGCCUGCAGGCACAUAUGUCAUGCGUUUAUUAGCCACAGACAAAGACUUGGGAGUCAACUCGCAGCUUUUCUUCGAGCUCAUAACGGUUGAGUACCAAAGCUUCUUUAACUUGAACAGAACUUCAGGAGUAAUCAYCACAAAGAAAAAACUCGAUCGAGAGACUCAAGCGAGCUUCACUUUGAAGGUCCGUGUUUCAGAUAUGGGAAGACCUCGGUUGACGUCAUCAGCUGACGUAACUAUUAACGUCAUCGACGUAGACGACAAUUGCCCGGUUUUCCAGCCUUCAGUAUACAAUGUCACUAUUCGUGAGAACGAGAAGCGAGGGACUCAUAUUGUGUUUGUGUCAGCUACUGAUGUUGACAAAGUUGCAAAUGAUAUUAUGGACUACAAGAUCAAGUCCGGGAUGCCUGGAGGCGAGUUUAGAAUCAACAGGAGUACAGGAGAGAUCACUGUGGAUAAUAAUGUGGAUCGAGAGACCUCACMAAUGUUUAGCUUGACAGUUCGAGCAGGACAGGCAAAGUGUGACGAAAGCGAUAAGAAUGAUACAGAUACUGAGGGUGGGGGUACAGAUGUGCUAUCUACCGCUAGUGCUAUUGUCUAUAUCAAUGUUCAAGACGUCAACGACAAUGCGCCAAGGUUUGAUAAAAGUUCGUACGAAUAUGACUUUAAAGAUAUCAAGACAACAGAACUCUUCACAAUCACUGCUACAGAUGACGACUUGGGCUCUGGUGGUAUGAUUGAAUACAGACUUGCAGGGCAAACUGAGAUCGGCGGCAAUCGUCACCUUGUCGUAUCAGCCAGAGAUCUGGGCACACCAAGCCUUGAGCGGAACGUGACUGUGGUCGUAAAAACGAGUUUGGCUUGUGAGGCGAUGGUUUUUGACGUCAAUAAGAAAGGAAAGAUAUCCACAAAAACACUGUGUCGRUUUGACCAAAAACCGUCUGCGGGCAUCGUGAACUCUGGUCGUCCCCACAAGUUGUCUUGUUCUGCCAACGGCAACACAAUCCCUGAAUACCGCUGGAUGUUAAACGGUCGGUUCGUAAGCAGCUGGUCACGUGAUGGGGUAUAUUCUGUCAAGACCUUGACUCAGGAUGAUGAGGGAAGCUAUUCAUGUCUUGCCCGUAGUGCCGCUGGUUUGAUUCAAUCUGASCAAGUAACGCUCACUGUUUAUGAUGUCCCAGUAGUGAUCGCGCAUCCAGAGAACUCCUCAGUAUCUAUUAAAGGAACARCAACCCUGGAAUGCCUGGCUAAAGGUGACCCAGAACCAAGCUACCAAUGGUACAAGAACGGAGCGCUUUUACCACCAAGUGAUGGCAUCGCUUCAACAACCGAACCUAAGCUAGUUAUAGAGAACGCUAUCCCACAAGAUGAGGCCUGGUACCGAUGUCUYGUGGCUAACCCGGCCAAGAGAGACGGAGUGUGGUCUAAGUCUGCAUUCCUGAAAGUGUACGCCCCAAAAGCCUUGGUGAACCUUGAGAUCGCCGUCAGUAAACCGCAUCCAGACAGAAGAUGUCACGUGUUUGAUGUUGAAAAAUUCAAGUCGAUGCUGAAUAAAGUUGUCGAGGCACAAGCAACGUUUACCAAUAUUUCUGCUGAUGGAAUGUGUAAACCCGAUCCUUGCGGUGAUUGUCAAAACGGUGGAAUCUGUGAAAAACAAGAGAAUGGUGACCACACUUGUGUAUGCGCACCCGGAUGGACCGGAAGYCAAUGCACGGUUGACGUUAAUGAGUGUCUUCGAGUUCCCUGCCUCAAUGGAGCUUGCCAAAAUAAAGACGGAACAUACGAGUGCGCAUGUUCCAAAAACUUCACCGGUAAAAAUUGCAAUCUKAAAGAAAACGCAUGCGCAAACAACCCAUGCAAUAAUAGCCAUGUAUGUGUGCUGUCUGAACUGGACGUCAAUGGCUUUAAAUGCGUUCAUGAAGACGAGCAAAUAGAGAUGACUUAUAAGCAACCUGUUGACAAGAGUAAAAGUUUUGAUGUUGAGAAAGAAAUUGAGGGUUUGAUUAAAUCUGCUCCUAACUCAAACGUGGAUAUUACUACGAGACGAAGGCGGAAAAGAAACAUUCAAAGACCUGACUAUGGCUCAUGCGCGGUGCGAAUAACAUACUACUCUGAUAAUCGUGUCCGGUUCGUCCUACUUUGUCCRUCAGGUGUUAAUGUCACCUUCAAAGAAACAACUCACUUUGUUUGUGGACUCCUAUUUAAACAACGUACAAGCCAUUCUUGUGGAACUCAGUCUGCUCUGGCGACUCCGGUACCACCAACAACUUACGCACUCUUGCCACCAAUGAGGGUUAAAAUCCUGCUUUUCGCACGUGACGGCUCCAAUAAAGACAUUGGGGGUACUGACAUGAUCAGCCGUCUCAAUAGUGAAGAUUUCAAGCGGGAAAUKGGAAACCAAGGAAUAGAGUUUGUAAAUGCAAAACGUGUGCAAGGUGAUUCCAGCAAACAGAGAGGCGAAGAGAAAGCCAAUGUUGGUCUUAUCGUGGGCUUGGUUUGCGUUGCUAUAGUAGCAGUCAUAGCUGUCAUCAUUGGUCUUGGAUAUGUGUACAACAAAAGGCGUAAACACCAGACCCUCGUGAACGUAGAAGACCGAGCGGUGAUGAGUCGAGGAGACAGUCGAAAACACAUGUUACAACGUAAUGUGUCGACUAAAGACAUCACCAGAUCAGAGAAGAAGUUUAUCAAUCAAGCUUUUACAGAUUCUAUKUACGAAGAGGGAGAGGAUGACCAGUUUAUGGUUGAAGUGAAACUUCCAACUAAGAAACCCACGUCAAAGGCAGUGGCUGCUCUUUGCGAGGCCCCUUAUUACUUCGACAAGAUAGCACCAAUAGAGGCAGAAAUGCUCCUUGACGAUAAGGUCCCCACUGGAACAUUCCUUGUACGGAAAGGUCUUCAAAGCGAAGAAUAUGUGCUGACAGUAAAAUGUCCCGAUGGAGGACCUAAUCACAGACACCUCAUUAUCAAACAUAACAAGGACAAGUUUGAGGUCCAGUUCGGUUCCAUGCCCCUGUCACUUGACUUUGACACAGUAAAUGACGUCAUCGAUCAUUUUCAAAAUACGCCAAUUGAAUUUGGAGGUGAUGCCCCCGAUGUGGUGCUCUCGGAUGGCUGUAAUAAAACGUUAGSAUAGACAGGGAAAAAUAAGGAUUUACUACUAAAAACGAUAAACACCAUACUACUAACAACCCAAAGCCUAAUAGCAACCCCAGCAGCCCUUACUAGACUUUUUAAUGAAAAGUGAUUUUGAAAGUGAUGAAUAGUGAACUAAGCCCAUUUAAAAAAGUCAUUAYGUCAGUUUUAAUCAAAACUUCUUCAGGUUUGUAAACAUCAGAAUAUCGGUUCCACUUUACUCAAUACUGAAUACCCAAUCCUACUGAACGUAGUACUACAUAGAUUUUAAACUUGCCURUCACUGAAAGAAAAAUAUGAACCAAUAUAUUGUCAAUCGAAUUUAACCAUUUGACAUUUCGCCAUGGCAUCUUGAAAGUUAGUCGAGCCUUUGCAUAGUAUUGAUCGAGAUCGCGAUUGAGCUUGCAAUACGUCUACGUACAAAAAUCGUUCACAUAUUGGUGAGUUUUCUAAUUUUGGGAAUUCAUUUUUUGUAUUCGAUUCACAAAUUUGAACUGCUAAAAAGGAUAAUAACGAAGAGGAUAUCUUGGCUGGAAAACUUGGAAACAAGGCGGCGACAUAUUUUUGCAAAGUUUUUGAUGCAUAUGGAGUUUUACGCACUUUUACCAAAUUAACCACGUUACACUCCCCCAUGACAUUGCAAGCAUUGCCUCGCUCUGUUUGGUGCAAUGGCUCAGUUAACAUGGACUAUUUUCCAUUCCUAUGUCAUUUUUAUUUGAUUUUUUUUCUAAAUCAAAUUCACUUUGAAAUUUUAAGUGAGUGGAGGCUAUUUUUAAACUGUGUUUAAUAUCUGCUAAAAGCUAGCGUCCGGAAAUUGGCCUUCAGAUAGGUUUCAUAAGAUGUGCAGCUAUGUCUAUUGUUAGUAAUCGGAACAGUAGUAUAACUUAGUGUURGGCCAAACUUGACGACAACAGCCUACUCCAUAAAUCGCUUUGCUAUACUUUUAUUGUAAAUACGAUGCUUGUAUAAUUAUAUUACAAAUUAGCCAAAUAAAUGUUUUUAACAAUUAAAA